AUGAAGCCGUUGGAAUUAAAGCUGAAGCCGGAAUUCCGCCGUUUCGCACCAAUGGCGCUGGCCGCUGUCCUGUUCUUCUGCACUCUGGUGCUCUUCUACGAGAUGAUGCCGACUCUGCACGAAACGGUCAGAAAACCGACACCCAGCAGUCAUGGUACUAAUCCCGGGCCAUCCGGCGGCCCCAGCGACGACUUCCAGCAUACCGACCGGCGGUGCCACGCGGCGCCAGACCCAGGGAACAUCCUGUUCAUCGUAAAAACCGGAGCGACGGAGAUCUACGAGAAACUGCCGACACAGUUGCUGACGACGCUCGGAUGCGCGCGGGACUUUCUGAUCUUCUCCGACCUCGAGGAGCAGAUCGGCCCGUACCAUAUCUUCGACGCGCUGGCAGACUUCAACGCAACAAUGAAAGCCACGCAUGCCGACUUCGAGCUCUACCGGCAGCAGCAAGCGUACCAGCGCGGAGGCCUGGAUAUCGCCACGCUCAAGGACGAUGGCAAGGCCGCCUGGACGCUCGACAAGUACAAGUUCCUGCACAUGGUGGAGAAGACGUGGGCGCAGCGGCCGAACAUGGACUGGUACGUUUUCAUCGAGAGCGACACGUACGUCGUGUGGACGAAUCUACUCCUUUGGCUGCGGCAGUUUUCGCCGAAGGACAAGCUGUACAUGGGUUCGGCGUCCUUUGUCGCGGACCAGGCGUUCGGCCACGGCGGGAGCGGGUACGUCAUUUCGCGAGCGCUGAUGGAGGCGUUUGUGGGGAAGAAGCCGGGGACGGCUAGUCGGUAUGACGAUGUCAUUCAGAGCGAGUGCUGUGGGGAUUUCGUGCUGGGGCGCACCAUUAAGGAGGAGCUCAACGUGGGGGUCCGGAAUUUCUGGCCGCAGGUGAACGGGGAGAAACCGGCGACGCUGGAGUUUGGAUCGAAGCAAUGGUGCCAGCCUGUCGUUACGAUGCAUCAUGUUAUGCCGCGGGAGCGCAGUGCGAUUUUUGAUUUCGAGCAGGCGCGCGACGAUGUCACGAUACCGCUUCUCUUCCGGGAACUCUCCGAGCUGUCCUUUCCAACCGGGAGGAUGCGCGUCCAGGAGGACGACUGGGAUAAUCUCGCCGAUGUGCCGGUUGAACUAGACAACCCGUCGAUGGAGGCCUGUCGCGACAAGUGCCUGAGUCAGGACACCUGCUUCCAAUGGCGGUACAGCAAGGAGGAGUGCCAUGUAUCGACCGAGUCAUUCCGGAUAGGAACAAAGCGACUACCGGAGUAUCACCGGCGGUGGUUCUCAGGAUGGAACGUGCAGCGAAUCCAGAAAUGGCGCGAUGCGCAUCCAUGCGACAAGCCCGCGUGGGUCAAGCCGCAUUAA